CACGCCCUCCCCCCCCCUUAGGGGGGGCAGAGCCAGUGCACAGCAUGAUCCCAGGGAAUCCCCGCUGGAGGCGGCCGGCGAGCUGAGAUGGUGCAGAAACCCAAGAGGAACGGGGAGGCUGGUGCCGGCCCCGGGGAGAAGCGGCUCCGGGUGGGCUUCGUCGGUAUCGAUGGAGGCCCCGAGGCUGCGCUCAGCGCCGGGGCGGACUCCUCCUGUACCCGGGACGGAGCUCUGCUCAUCGCCGGCUCGGAGGGGACCAAACGCGGCAGCAUCCUGGGCAAACCGCGCUCCGGUGGGCGCAAGCGACCCAAAAGGAACGCGUUCUACAGAAAACUGCAGAACUUUAUGUACAAUGUCCUGGAGAGACCCCGGGGAUGGGCUUUCAUCUACCACGCUUAUGUUUUUUUACUAGUCUUCUCUUGUCUGGUGCUGUCAGUUUUCUCCACGAUCAAAGACUAUGAGCAGCGAUCAGAAGGAGCUCUGUAUAUACUGGAAAUCGUGACGAUUGUGGUGUUUGGUGUGGAGUAUACGGUACGGAUCUGGUCUGCUGGCUGCUGCUGUCGGUACCGAGGAUGGCGAGGGCGACUGAAGUUUGCACGGAAACCGUUCUGUGUGAUCGAUGUCAUGGUUCUUGUGGCCUCCAUCGCUGUCCUUGCGGCAGGGACACAGGGCAAUGUCUUUGCCACGUCAGCCUUGAGGAGCUUGAGGUUUCUCCAGAUCUUACGGAUGAUCCGUAUGGACCGGAGAGGGGGCACCUGGAAACUGCUGGGAUCGGUCGUCUAUGCACACAGCAAGGAGCUGAUCACUGCUUGGUAUAUUGGCUUCCUGUGCCUCAUUCUCGCCUCUUUCCUGGUCUAUCUCGCCGAGAAAGAUGACAACCAAGAUUUUGCAACGUAUGCGGAUGCCCUGUGGUGGGGUUUGAUCACCCUGACAACCAUUGGAUAUGGAGACAAGUAUCCAGUCACAUGGAAUGGUCGACUCUUGGCCGCGACAUUUACUCUCAUCGGGGUCUCUUUCUUUGCCUUGCCAGCGGGAAUUCUGGGUUCUGGCUUUGCUCUGAAGGUUCAGGAGCAACAUCGACAGAAACACUUUGAGAAGCGGCGGAAUCCCGCAGCUGGCCUCAUUCAGGCUGCCUGGCGAUAUUACUCCACCAGUCUGGGCCGGACGGACCUCCAUGCCACUUGGCAGUGCUUUGAGCAGACAUUGACAGUCCCAAUGUACAGGCUGAUCCCUCCACUCAACCAGCUUGACUUACUACGGAACCUCAAGAGCAAAUCGGGACUCACUUUCAGGAAGGAGACUCUGGAGACCACACCCAGUAAACACAAAUCACGUCGUGAUUCCAUGUGUGGAAUGUGCUGUUCGGGAGAUCCUAGCAACAAGGUCAGCCUGAGGGAGCGGUUUUCCAGCCCUAAGGGACCCAGCAGCAAAGGGAAAGGUUCCCCUCAGAGCACCAUGCGCCGCUCACCGAGUGCAGAGCAGACCAUCGAGGACAGUCCAGACAAGGUGCACAAAAGCUGGAGCUUCACCGACAGAACGCGCUUCAGGCACACCUUCCGGCUGAAAGGAGCAGGCUCACGACAGAACUCCGAGGACCAUUCCAGUCUCCCUGAAGAGGACAUGCCAGACAACAGGAGCUGUCAGUGUGAGUUCAUCACAGAUGACCUCACCCCUGGACUGAAGGUUUCAAUCCGAGCCAUGUGCAUUAUGCGAUUUCUUGUUUCGAAACGGAAGUUCAAGGAGAGUUUGCGACCGUACGAUGUCAUGGAUGUAAUCGAGCAGUAUUCUGCAGGCCACCUGGACAUGCUCUCCAGAAUCAAAAACCUCCAAUCCAGGAUAGAUAUGAUUGUGGGUCCCCCACCCCCUUCAACUCCCCGGCAUAAGAAGUUAAAGGGAAUCCUCACCACUUCUAAAGAUUCAAUCCAAUACUCUCCUAGAGUCGACCAGAUUGUAGGCCGCGGUCCUCAACUCCAGGAGAAGGACCGCACCAAGAUCCCAACGGAGCCUGAGGUCCCCGAAGACCCGAGUAUGAUGGGACGUCUUGGGAAAAUGGAAAGACAGGUCCAUUCGAUGGAGAAGAAGCUGGAUUUCCUGGUGAACAUAUACAUGCAGCGGAUGGGGAUCCCGCAAUCCGAGACCGAGGCAUACUUUAUUUCCAAAGAGCCGGACCCAGCUCCUCCGUACCACAGUCCCGUGGACAACCGGGAACUCUGUGACAGGAACACAAACACCAACAAAAUGUUGCGGUCGUGCAGCCUAACCGCACACAAGACGUACCCUGGACUCGGUGUACCAACGCUGGCUCCAAAUGGCUGUCCACCAUCAACCUCAUCCCACCAACACUCAGCCAAUGGCCUGAGCCGGCGGAGCCAUGACACUCUGACCUUCAUGACCUCUCCAGUUGGCGACGGCACAACCUUUGUCAGAAUCCCGCCCCCACCCUCUGUGUCGCAUGAGAAGAUUUCGGGACAUGGCGGCUGCGGUAGGGGAGCGACGGAAUACAGUCGACAUGAUGACCACUGUUGCAAGCGUCAAGAGACUGCAUUGAAAGAAAGAGACAGCGACACCUCCAUCUCCAUUCCAUCUGUGGAUCAUGAGGAGCUGGAACGCUCCUACAGUGGCUUCAGCAUCUCGCAAUCGAAGGAGAACCUGGACAAUGUCAACAAUGCCCCUUACGGUGGGGUCACUCCCUGGUCAAAGGUCAGACUGUACAUUGCGGAGGGUGAGUCAGACACAGACUCCGAAGCAUGCACCCCAUCUGGCCCUCCACCCAGAUCAGCAACGAGUGAGGGGGCACACUGUGACUUCACAUGGUCCUCAUCCAAAUAGACAAGGCCUCUGUUCAUUCGAUGAGCAAAAGUGACACCAAGAA